AUGAGCAACUUCCAGUACCAAGCUCUAGACAAGGGUGUCUUCGCCAUUCGGCUAGCUUCCAUACUCCCUGGUGAUGAAGAGGAUCCCAUGGUCCUAGAAAUUAACCACGCAACCAUAUCGGAGGAGUCUCCAAUCACCUAUCUCGCCCUUUCGUAUGUAUGGGGCACCGCAACCGAGAGGGUCCCUGUAUCCGUCGUCCGGUAUAACGGAAACACCGUUCAAACCACUCUCCACAUCACGCCAAAUCUGUUCCAGGCCCUCCGGCACCUGCGAGGCAUUAUACAGCUGUCCAUUCCCAUCUGGAUCGAUGCCAUCUGCAUCAAUCAGGGAGACAAUGGUGAAAAGGCAUUGCAGAUUCCCAGAAUGGGCGACAUAUACCGCCUAGCAAACCGAGUCAUUGUCUGGUUGGGGGGGGAUGGGACCGACAGGGGCGAAUAUGCGCUCCAGCUGCUCAGGAACCACAUCGAGGCUGUCAAUUCCAUCGUGCGGUUUGUCGACCUCGAGGAGGAUCCGGAGGACCCCGACAACAUCGACCCUGCGUAUUUCUGCGCGAUCCACUACGAGGCUCUGCACGCGCUGUUGCAACGCCCGUGGUUUGACAGGCUCUGGAUCCGGCAAGAGGUGGCGCUCGCAAACGAGCAGGCGGUGGUGAUGUGCGGCCACCGGUAUAUGCUGUGGGCCGACUUUGUCAGCGCGUGUACUUCCUUGCGCGGGAAGAAUACUGACGUGAGCAAGUCGGCAGAGGUACAGGAUCGAUGCGUCUUGGUCAUCGAGCUCGGUACCCAGACCAGACAGGGCGGCAAUCUGGAGUACCUGCUGGUAGUCGCCCGAAAGGCUCGGUGUUUUGACCCGCGGGACAAGGUGUAUGGGCUGCUGGGCCUCACCACGGAAUACUACCGGCAGAGAAUCACGAUGAACUAUGACGCACCCGUCCUGGACGUCUAUCGCCAGGUUGUCGAGGCGGAAGUGGGACGCGGCAGACUCUCGAUCCUUUCUCACUGCGAUCUUUCGACGUGGCCCUCUACUCUUCCGGGCUGGCCGACAUGGGUGCCGGACUGGUCGAACGGGGCAUCCACCAGCCAUUUGACCACGGUCAUCAGCAAUGGAGGACUUCCAGCACACGUUCAAUACCCGAAUCCGCAUACCUUGCGGGCCACGGGCCUCUAUGUUGAUGAAAUCCAGACCGUGUAUGAGAUGUGCAUCAACCCGGUCGACGCACCGUUCAACUCGGAGAUGUACCGUCUAGCAAGGGCCGUCAUUCCCGUGUCCGAUGACCCCGACGUCCAAGACAAGAUGGUGGAUAUAUUCUGCCAGACGAUUUGUGUUGACACGUACACAGUCUCCGGAAAGGGCUGGAGAUCGUUUCACGACGAGGCAACCAGGCACGUCAAGCUCCUCCUCGCAACGGCCGGCAAGCCGGAGAGCGCACUAAACCAUGACAACUUCAUCCGCCGUGCCCGUUACAGCUGCAACCGCAGGUCGCUCAUUGUCACGAAGCAUGGAAAACUAGGCCUUGCACCCGCGGCAGCCCGGUCCGGGGAUGCGGUUUGUGUCCUGAUCGGCUGCCCCGUACCGCUUGUCCUGCGCCCCAUCGCGACCGGCGAGCGAAAAGAAGUCGGAGGGGUAGGAGAGAAAAAGUACCAGGUUGUCGGGCAGUGCCAUCUACACGGUUGCGCGGACGACGAGGCCGUAUUGGGCGAGCUGCCAGAAUCCGUCGGGACGCGGCCGACGAGUGCGUUCGGCAGCACGGUUCUCCACGAGUACUUUGAUCGGGCUUCUGGGGAGGCCUUGCCGGAGGAUCCGAGGCUUCCCGGGUUUCGAGCGAGGACGCGGCACCUCCUGCGGGACUCGGACAUUGGUGGCAACUACAAGGCUUGGCGGUUCGAGUGGUUGGGAGAUGUUACGCUACAGAUGCUUCGGGACGCGGGAAUAGGUGUAGAUAGCUUCGAUUUGGUUUAG